AUGAGCAACAAGCGUAUUUGUCCAGUUGUCGACGUUUCCGUGCGCAGAUUGCACGCUAUUUCCAGCAACCGGGUACACGGGGCCGGCUCGCGAUCAUCCUCGUACUGAGUAUCAUUCAUAAUUCCCCACGGCGGGAAUUAUUCUUUCUCUCUUUCUCUUUGAUGUUGACCUAAGCACCAGCAAAGCGUACAUCACGUUCUGCACGCAUUGUACAAGAAUUCCUGCGCGUGUUACGCGAUUUGCUAUUAAUGAAAACGAUCUCCCCUUUCUACCGGAUUUCACAACGAAAAGAUUAUAACUGAUGUUUUGUCAAAGGCAUUGAUUGAUUUAGUCUUUCUUCUCGACAACGGCGGUCAUUCUUCUUAUUCCAGCGAAUCCCACCGUUCAAGAUAAAUUUAGAAAGUAUUGGACUCAGUAAUCGAGUUUAAAAAAGAUUGAUACGAUGGAUUUCACGAUGUUCGAAGAGGAUCCAGACAUCAAUAAUUCUUUUCUGAAGGGCUAGAGUGUGUUCUACUGUGUUCAAAGUGACACCGAUGAUUGAUGAUUGAUUCCCUCUUUCCCUGGUAGAUUUCACAUUGUUAGUUGAAGUGAAUUUAGGAUCCUUUGUUCCCUUUGAUUUAAGUUCUAAAAAAUAGUUCCAGAAAUCUUCAAUCCUUCUAAACACUGAAUUCCACGAUUUAAGUUCUAAAAAAAAGUUCCAGAAAUCUUCGAUCCUUCUAAACACUGAAUUCCACGAUGAACGGAAUCAAAUCGAAAAAUCGCCCAAAGCGUCGGAUUUAACGAAGUUCGAGGAUCUAGAAAUCGUGAAUCCCUUGUUCGAAGCACUGGCCGAUCGGGACUCGAAGCCGGCGAAAACUCGCUCGGAACCUGUCAACGCGAGAACCACUUCUGAGAUUGCGUGCGCCAAGAAAGUACAGAAUAAAAUUUUUCCAUUUAGAGAUUUGUUUUCGAAGAAAUUAAAUUUUAAACCAUUUAUUUGUGGUAUGUUACAUUUUAUUCCAAACGAGGUCUGA